GGCGACGCGAAAUUGAUUUUUGUCAACCGCAAACAGUUGAGUUGCAUUUUUGGCGUUUUAUAUUUACAGUUUUACAUUAAAAAGUACCGAUUUCGUAACUCUAAAUAGUUUCUUAAGGUAAUUUUGUUUGAUUUAAGUGUGUAAUCAAUGAUUAGAUACAAAUUAAAAGAGAAUCGGACGGUCCUGUCAGAACUAAAGUACCGAAUUCAUCACAACGGUUGGAUCGGAAAUUACUGAAUUAUUUGUAUUCAUUUGGAUUUUUAUUUUGCCUGUCUAAUCUGACAAAAAUGAGUGAUAAAAAAGAGCACAAGUGUGUUCUUUGCAGUUCGAAAUUAGAAUCCAAGGAAGCUCUCCAGGAACAUUUCAGAAAACACGCCAAUAAAGAAAUUGAUCAUCGUGGAAGGUCAACAGCCGCAGAACAAAAUUCAGAUGCAAAAUGUGAUCUUUGUGGAAAAAUGUUUGACACAGUUACAUCCACAAUUAGGCACAGAUACAAGAUGCAUCCAAACGCUCCUGGAAAAUUCUACUGUCCAUUUUGUGGAAUGCAAUUUCCUCUCAAGAAUCUCAGAGACACGCAUCUAAACUCUCACGAAUCGGAUGACAAAAACGAGGAGGAGCACAAAAACUGCGACGACUGUGAUGUACUAUUUUACAAUGACAAAGCUUUACAAUAUCAUCAUCGCUCAGUUCAUAAAAGAUUGAUUAACAUAUUCCAACCAGUGGCAACGCCUCCACCUAGUAAUAAAAUUAAAUUAAACUCCAUGAACGAUGCUUUGAGUGUUUAUUAUUGUCACUUGUGUGGUGCUGAGUAUAUGUUGAAAUUUAACCUGCAACAACACUUGGAGAAAAAUCACACUCAGGAAGAACGAGAGGCCGUGCCAGAAAACCUGAUUAAAUGUACAAUGUGUGCUGCACUGUUCUGUAGUAAAAAAGCAUACGAUAUCCAUAAUACGUAUCAUCAACCGGACGAUUUGUAUGUAACUUCAGAGGAACAAAGAUUACAAACGGUCUCAAAGGUUGAUCAGGAUUUUGAUAUUCGAAGGGUAGAACCGAUCGCUGAGAAGUAUCUUCCAAAAUUAACCGUAACCAAAGGAUCUAAGCGACCUAUUGUCAAGUGGCCUAAGGCCCAAAAGUUGAAGAAAACGACAAGAGAAGAACCAAAACAUAAAGAUUAUCUUCCGUCUGAUGAAGAUGCGCUUGUAGAUACGAGCGAUUCCGACAGUGAUAUUCCCUUAAAUAAAAGAGUUGUUAACUUUAGCUAACGGUGACUUGGCUCCAAAAAUUGUACGGGAAAUUACUGAAUAUACUGAAAUUGGAAGAGUUAUCAAUCAAUUAUCUUUGUGUAUAAUUUGUAUAACAUUAAAUCUUAAAGAUUUAGUUAGUGUAGAUAUGUGGGAUCGACGU